AUGGCAAAAAAUAAAGGAAAGCGCUCCUCGACAGGAAGUGUUCCGCAGGCCGGCGAGUCUAAGGUCUCUACCGACGAAAGUUUCAUCUCUCUCGACGCCGGAGCACUUGCCAACCUCACCCGCAAUAUCGAACAGAAAUUGAAAGACGGAAAAAACACCGCGAACAACAAGUCUCAGAAACGCACAAACAAUUCGAAGACCGAAACGAAAAAGGUGCCGGUUCACGACUUCAAAGACAAGAAGGAUACUGCUGUCAAGUCACAGAACUCAAAUCAGGGCAAGAAGCGGAGCCGGGAUGGAGAGGUUAUCGAGAAACUCGCCAAAGGCGGGAAUUCCAAGAACGACCAGAGCCAGGAUGAUAUUUUAAGGAAGGAAAUUUUGGCUUUGGGUGGCAGCAAGGAGGAUUUCGAUCUUCUGGCGGAGGUAGCUUCGGAUUCGGAAGUUGAAGAGGCAUCCGGUUCGCACAUAAAGGCAGGGUCGAACGAUAAUGCACUGAGAAAAGAAUUGGCUCAACUAUUGAAAGAUGCCGGGCAGUACAAUCCUGUAAUUGCCGAUGAUCAAGUCGAAGAAGAACAGCCUGCGAGUGAAGAUGGAAGCGAGGAGGAAGAUGAGGAAGGGGAGGUUGAGGAGCAUGGCGAUGAGGAGAUAGACAGUGCAUCCGAGGCGGAUGACGCCAACAUGCCCUCUAAAGAAAUCAAGUCCAAGAUCGCUACACAAGUUCCCGACAAGAAAAACGCCGCUUUCGCGGAGACUCAGUCACAGUUCCCCAAGGAAUACUCACGAUUGACUGUCAUGCCCAGAGCGGACUGGUAUAGCACUGAGUUACCAUCUGUGACCGCCCCAAAAGUGACCACUGGCCUUCCCAAAUUCCUUAUGGAUCGGAUACAGCAACAUGCCACCUCACUGCUCGAGAAAGAAAAUCAACUAUACUCGCAAAUUCAACAGCAAUCUUCUUCAUCAUCCCACAAGUUCUAUUCGACUAUCAUGACAUCUGGAACAUUGAGUGAUAAGAUUUCAGCGCUUACUCUUGCCGUGCAAGAAUCACCAAUUCACAAUACCAAGGCUCUAGGAGAUCUUGUUGCAUUGUCCAAAAAGCGAAGCCGUGCUCAGGCGGUUGAUGUUCUACGGUCUCUCAAAGACUUGUUUGCGCAAGGAACACUUCUUCCUAGCGACCGCAAGCUGAAAGCAUUUGCGAAUCAUGCCGAGCUUGUGGCAUCGUUUCAAAAAGCCGGGCCCAAAUGGACCGAACGUGAUCCUUUGCCAGGUGACCUUCAACCUCAACAUUUGAUCCUCUGGGCAUUUGAGGAUUUUCUCAAGGUUCAAUUCUUCGAGAUUCUCAAAGUUUUGGAAAUCUGGUGCAAUGACGAAAUUGAGUUCUCGCGCACACGAGCCGUCAGUUACGUCUAUGAACUGCUCAAGGAGAAGCCCGAGCAAGAGGCCAAUCUAUUGCGUCUAUUGGUGAACAAAUUAGGUGAUACUGGAAAGAAGAUCGCUUCAAGGGCAUCAUAUCUGUUGCUUCAGUUAUGUCAAGCACAUCCAUUGAUGAAACCAACGAUCGUCAAAAGUGUGGAGGAGUUUCUUUUCCGCCCGGGUCAAAGUCCGCACGCUAGAUACUAUGCAAUCAUCACACUCAACCAGACUAUCCUCAGCACGAAAGAGGAGAAAGUUGCCAUUCACCUUUUGGACAUUUACUUUGCAGUUUUCCUUCAGUUGCUCAAAUCUACUGAUAAAAAGAGCUGGAAACCAGACAAUAAGAAGAAGGGCAAGAAGAGCGAUGAUGCAAAGACCCAGAAAGCCCAAGCGGAGCAUGACGACCAGCUGAAAGAGAAGUUGAUUUCUGCUGUUCUUACGGGAGUCAACCGAGCCUAUCCGUUUACUAGCUCUGACUCUGAUCGUCUCUCCAAGCAUAUUGAUACAUUGUUCCGAGUCACCCACUCCUCCAAUUUCAACACGAGUAUUCAAGCAUUGAUGCUGAUUCAGCAACUCACAGUCACACAUCAAGUUGCAGCUGAUCGGUUCUAUCGUACUCUAUACGAGUCCCUUCUUGAUCCUCGAGUUGCCACCUCUUCCAAGCAGUCACUCUACCUUAAUCUGUUGUAUAAAUCGCUUAAGAACGAUUCGAGCAUCAAGCGAGUCAAGGCGUUUGUCAAACGUCUUGUUCAAAUAUUGGGGUUGCAUCAACCGUCGUUCAUUUGUGGUGUCUUCUUUUUGAUACGGGAACUGGAGAAGACAUACCCUGGUCUGUUGUCUCUAGUAGAUCAACCGGAGGAAGACGAAAGCGAUGAGGAAGAAGUAUUCCGGGACGUACCCGACGAAGAUGAUCAGCCAGAGGCGGAGACGAGCAAGCAAGUGGAACUGACAAAGAAAGUCAACGAUGGGUACGAUGCUCGCAAAAGAGACCCCCAACAUAGCAAUGCCGAAAAGAGUUGCUUGUGGGAAUUGCUACCUUUGCUAUCCCACUUUCAUCCUUCAGUCUCCGCUUUGACCUCCCACCUUCUCAACCACGAGCCAUUAAGUGGAAAGCCAGAUCUCACCUUGCACACACUGAGCCACUUCUUGGACCGGUUCAUCUACCGCAAUGCCAAGGCAGGCGGCGCACCGCGUGGACAGUCGAUCAUGCAGCCUCUCGCAGGUACCGACAGCCAUGAUCUACUGGUCAGCGCAAGUGGUCUUGCUGGGGAUGCACGUGCGCAAGUGCCAGUCAAUUCGGAGGAAUUCUGGCGCAAACGCACUGAGGAUGUUGCUGCCGAUGAUGUGUUCUUCCAUGAAUACUUCAACCGGAUGAGCAAGAGCCAGACUGGCAAGAAAGCCCAGAAGAAGUCCAAGGAUCCUGUUUCUCGUGACGAGGAAGCAGCGGAUGAAAGCGACAACGAGUCCGAGAUUUGGCAAGCACUUGUUGAAUCGCGGCCUGGUCUUGAGGACGAUGACGAUGAAGAUGAUUUGGACAUGGACGAUCUUGAAUCAGCUUAUGACAAUGAUGAGGAUGAAGUCGAUGGUUCCGAAGAUGGGGGUGUUAUCUUUAACGACGAGUCUGAUGAAAAUGUGGAAGAGAUCGACGACGAAGAAGGAGAUGUUGAUACAGAGGUCAAGCAAAAGAAAUCCAAGGCAGACGAGGAUGAAGACGACGAAGACUCAUUCGACAUGGACGUAUCUGACGAAGAGGCCUUCCGCGACAGUGAUGAAGAUCUUCCCUCGGAUCUUGAUAUUGACAUGGGUGGAGUCGCUCUACCUUCUACUGCAGAGGACGAGGCCGCCAACAAGAAGAAGUCGAAGAAACGCAAGCUUCGUCACUUGCCUACUUUUGCCUCCAUGGAGGAUUAUGCGGCAUUGUUGGCGGACGAGGACGAUGGUAUGAUGUGA